UGUAGGCUGCAGUUGUUUUGCCUGGGAAUACUGUUCUUUUUGUGCUGGGGUGCCUGUAAAUGAAAGGGUUCUUCCCCCCCACCAAAUCCCCAAAAAGGCCGGUGACAGCACCUGGUCACGUGACCCGAGGCGGCUCCCGGCUCCGGCACCCAGCCCGCGAGCGCGGCGUUGGGAACCGGCUUCGCCAUUAGUAAAGGGGACAGCUGCCUAGCGACCAGGGGCUGGUCUCACUUACUGACACAUAACGGAGAAGUGGCAGCACGAAGAACUGAAAUCAGUGACUGAACAUGCCCAAAUGGUCCAUCUGUUCGAGUGAAUUACUGCACAUUUCAAAUGCGUUAUCAGCCAUGUGAACUUUAGGAGUUUUGGAUAGUAAUUCCUCUUAUGUGAGGGAAGAUAAUUGAAGUAGCUGAAGAUGGUUGAUCCUUGGACCCUGCCUCAGUGAACUCCUGCACCAGUUCUCUGGAACAGAGAUGAUUGGCUUCCAACAGCCACAGUCAUCUUUUUUUAUGCAAGAUGCUGCCAUGGCUACAAGAAUUUCCCUACAUCCUGAACUGCCUUACUCUUCAUUAGAACAUAGGAGGUAUAUUGUAACUUCAGACAAAGGCAGUAUGCGACGUCCAACAGCCAAGUAUACCAAAGUUGGAGAACGCCUGCGGCAUGUUAUCCCAGGCCAUAUGCAGUGCUCAAUGGCAUGUGGUGGUCGUGCAUGCAAGUAUGAGAAUCCAUCCCGAUGGAGUGAAGACGAGCAAGCUGUAAAAGGAUUAUACUCUUCAUGGAUAACUGACAACAUAUUGGCAAUGGCUCGUCCUUCCACAGAAGUUAUUGAAAAAUACAGCAUUAUUGAACAAUUUCAAAGGCAUGGCAUAAAGACGGUAAUUAAUCUUCAGCGUCCUGGGGAGCAUGCACGCUGUGGUAAUCCACUGGAACCAGCAAGUGGUUUUACCUACCUACCAGAAGUAUUCAUGGAAGCUGGAAAUUAUUUUUAUAAUUUUGGAUGGAAGGACUAUGGUGUGGCUUCUCUUACCACAAUCCUUGAUAUGGUCAAAGUUAUGGCUUUUGCCCUACAAGAAGGAAAAGUGGCGAUUCACUGUCAUGCUGGACUUGGAAGGACAGGAGUCCUGAUAGCAUGUUACCUUGUCUUUGCAACAAGAAUGAGUGCAGACCAAGCAAUACUGUUUGUUCGUGCUAAGCGGCCAAAUGCAAUUCAGACUCGUGGGCAGUUGUUAUGUGUGCGGGAAUUUUCCCAGUUCCUGAUUCCAUUACGAAAUGUAUUUUCCUGUUGUGAUCCAAGAGCUCACGCUGUUACAGUUUCUCAGUAUCUCAUUCGCCAGCGCCACCUGCUGCACGGAUAUGAAGCACGGCAACUCAGACAUGUUCCAAAAAUAAUUUAUUUGACCUGCAAAUUGUUACUGGACUUUGCAGAAAACAGGCAAUUGAUUGAAGAAAGUAAUAUAGAAAUCCCAGAUCUCUCAGCGGAAAUUGAAAAAACAGUAUCACAGUUGGGGAUAGUGCAACUGGAUAAAGAAUUUGACAGCCAAGGCUUUGAUAUGGGAGAUCAUUUUGAGCACACUGUGACUGAAUUUAUUCCCAAUGAUUCAGGAUUGAUGAGCGAACAAGAAUUUGACCCUCUUUGGAAGCGGCGUAAUGCAGACUUCCUUCAGCCCUUGUCCCACUUAAAAAAACGUCUCAGCUAUAGUGAAUCAGAUCUUCAGAGAGCUGAACUCUUUACAGAGCAAAAUGAAACCCCUUUUACAGCACCUACAGAGGUUGCUUUCUCCAGCAAGUUCCAUCAGCAAAGCUUAUCUCAGCUCAAUCUCAGACAGCCCAGUCCAAUGCCAGUGGACACAAAUCAGAUCAGCUCAACUGUUCUGAAGGUACCAGAUCUUUGUCUUAUUAAGCAAAGUCCAUCAUUUUCUUUUAAAUCUAGUCUGUGGGAAUAUCAAAAAUCUUGUAAUGCAAAUGACCAAAAAGUGGAAUCUCCUCUUUUUGUAAGGAGAAAACUAUCAAAGGAAAUCCACAGAACAUUUUCCUUAAGAUCAUCAACUACAGCUGCUGCACUGAAAUAUUUGAUCUCUGAAGCACCUGAUACAGUUAUCACUUCUCAUGGUACGAGUGACAUUAAUGCAGAAGAAUGUACCAGGAUCAUUGCCCCCAGUAAACAGAAUCCCACGCCUGCUCAGGAACAUUUAUUCUCCUCUUCACUGAGCAAAAAAUCAACAGAUAAACCUUCUUUAAAUCACAGAAAAAUGUUUGUGAUUGGGGAUGAAGAAAGAAAAGCUAAUUGGUCAAGUGAAGAGGUUCCAUGUAUCACUAUACAAUCAGAAUUGAGCAUUGAAGGAAGAAGAUUGGCUGCAGGAAAAGCUAUGGCAUUUUGUAUGGAUUUUGAUGAAGAACUCAUGGAUAAAGUUGAAAUGUGGCAGCGGGAACUAAAUAUCAGAGAAGGAACUUGGGAAAGAAUUCGCACAGAAAAGAAUCCUUAUGUAUUGUGUAGUCUUAUGUGGUCCUGGCUGGAACAGUUGAAAGAACCAGUUAUAAGUAGGGAGGAUGUGGAGACUUUAGCACAUAAAUAUAUGGAUCCCAAUAAAGCGUUUUACUCAUUAGAAAAGGGCCAGUAUCAGACACUGCUUUGCAUUCUUGAUUGUAUGGCACAAUUGCGUGACCUGCCGUUUGAUGUAGAAGAUGCUAUACUUACUCGGGCAGUUCGAGCUUUUACUAAGGUCAGUUUUGAUGCUGAUGAGGGUCCUAAGGUUUACAAUACGCUCAAGACCAUAUUAAAGCCAAUCUUAGAAGACAAGCAAGCAAAACUUGCAGAUUGUGAAGUUUCUAAUAACUGUGCACAAAGUGUAGGUUUGUAGAUUCACUGAGCAAGAACGUAAAAUAUUCAAUUUUUCUGUUCCUGUUACCGUCCCCAAAAGAUAGGGAGUAUUUGAAAAACUAUAUUAUAGAGCAGUACACUAUAAUUAGGCAGUAAAAUUUAGAAUAAACUUCCAUUACACACACUUAAUUGUUGACAACGUACAUUUUACAAAAACAAGCUUUGUUUUAAAACAAGAUGAUGUAUUAUUGAGGGGAAAAAAACCUGCUCUAUAACUUGCUCAUUAAAUAUAUGAACUGGCCACCAGUGUUUAAUGAGGUCUACUUGUUUAACAUCUGCCAUGAUUUUAAAGUGCCAUAUAUCAACAUGGAAAUAUGUUGUGGUAUUUUGAAGACAUUUAGUGUUUAUAGUCAUAUGGUAGAUUUUGUACUAUACCUGCUUUUUAUUUGUAAAAUAUUUUAUUGCCUUCCAUAUCAAAUGUUACAUGUUUAAUGCAAUAAUCCAAUGUUACAUAGAAAAAUGAAAAUGUAUUUGAAGAAUAUAUGAAGAGAAAAUUCUUGACAUUUAGAUUUGUUUUUAUGAAGUCCAUUACCCAGCAGCUGUGAUUUAUUCUAAUGAUAACAUUCUUAGUGUAUUUAAAAGUUCAACAAAAUACAUGUAUUUGAGAUAUUAAUAAAUGUGUUAAAAAUG